AAUUAAUUUAUAUGGACUCUGGAGGUGCAAAUACUUUUGUUAUAGAACCUAAGGAUGAAGAAAAGUUAUUUUUGAAUCCUUAUAAUUAGAUUUUAUCCAUCUAAAGUCAGAAAAGUAAUUUAAGAAAUUAUGGAUGAUAAAUUAAAAAAUGAAACUUAUGAUGCUAAUAACACUCCUAAUUUGGCAGAAGAAUUAGUCAAAAGAAUUAGAAGCAAAGUUAGAGAAAGUAAAUAAAUUAUUCAUCUUAUACUAAAGCUAUCAAAAUGCCACGAUUUAAAAUUGCAGUUUAAGUUAUUAUUGGAGAAAUUAAAGGUUAAGGAUGUAAAGUAACUUCUAAAAACCUUUGGGAUCCAAUGUGGGAUAAUUAUGCAUCAUAUGCAUUUUCAAAUGUAAUAUCUUUUAACUUAUUAUUAAUAAAUAGGACACUAUCUAUGGCGUUGCUAUUGUAUUUGGAGUCUAUUAUGAAUGAAAUUACAAUUCUAAUAUUAGAUAUUAAUACA